AACUUUCCUAUCCAAUACUCAAAGGACCAGAUUUCAACUGGAGGAGAAAAAAUCAAUUCUCCUCCAAUUUCAUCAAUCCAAAUGGGGACUUAUUUUUGUAUUCUCUUUUUCACUAUUCUCAUCCAAUUAAUGGCUACUACUGUAAAACCCCAGCCCAUCUGUCCUGGAACUGAUCCUACACUUAAUUAUCGUCCGGUCAUUGGAAUUGUUAGUCAUCCUGGUGAUGGAGCUUCAGGCCGUCUCAAUAAUGCCAGUGAUGUCUCUUACAUAGCUGCUUCUUAUGUUAAGUUAGCUGAAAUGGCUGGUGCUAGAGUUAUUCCUCUUAUAUAUACUGAGUCUCCUGAAAUUCUCAAUCAAAAACUUAAUCUAGUAAAUGGAAUUAUCUUCACUGGAGGGCGGGCCAAGGAGGGUCUCUACUUUGACGUUGUUAAAGGGAUAUUCAAGAAAGUUUUGGAGAAUAACGAUGCGGGUGAGCAUUUCCCUCUUCUUGCCAUCUGCUUGGGUUUUGAACUUUUGACAAUGAUCAUCUCCAAGGACAAUAACAUUCUUGAGGAAUUCAGUGCGUCGCAUCAAGCGUCUACAGUACAAUUUGUAGAAAAUAUAAAACUUGAAGGAACAGUUUUUGGAAGGUUUCCCCCUGUGCUGCUAAAGAAGAUGAGUACACAUUGCAUUGUGAUGCAAAAUCAUCGUUUUGGUAUAUCACCAGAAAGGCUUCAAGCAAAUAAAGAUUUGUGUAGCUUUUUCAGGAUAUUGACGACUAGUGUUGAUAAGAAAAACAAGGUUUAUGUCUCCAGUGUUCAAGCACAACGCUAUCCCAUAACUGCACUCCAGUGGCACCCAGAGAAAAAUGUUUUUGAGUGGGGCUCAUCACAGAUUCCACAUACGGAGGAUGCAGUCCAAGUAACUCAACAUGUUGCCAACUAUUUUGUCAGCGAAGCUAGAAAAUCUUCUAAUAAGCCAGUGAAUAGCAAAUUGCUUGAUCACCUCAUCUACAACUACAGUCCCUCUUAUGCUGGGAAGGUUCGGGGGAGUUUUGAGGAGGUUUACCUUUUCACUCCACGUCCCACCUUGAGCUCUCUGUAGAUGGCAAGUGAACUGCAAAGCAUUGGCCAAUUGCCUGCCCCAAAGAUUAUAGAUGAAGAGAGUUGACAUCAGUGGAUGUUGCCACGGUUUGGGCUCAUCUUCAAUCUCCUGUUAUCCAGCGACCCCCCGAAAAUGAAUAGCUUUAAACUAUUUGUAUAAUGGUUGUAUACAGUUUGCAUGAUUUAAAUUGGGCACAAGUCUGUGAGCCUUCAUGUUUGUGGAGUCUUUGAGUCCAAAUCACCAUGGACUCACUGAAACCCACAAGUGUUUGUACUAGAACAUUAAGCUUGUAUCUUGUUUGGUGGGAUGUAAUUACAAAUUUCUGUAACUUGUGAAAGAAUCUUUUGUACUAGAAAGAAAGACAAAUAAUACUGAUAACAUUCAACCAUCGUUAAUAAUAUUGUUUACUACGAUUAAGUACUUUCAA